AGCGUCGUGGAGAUCAAGGUCUCAAAGGCCUUGGAAGUCAUUUCGGGCGAGAUUGUGUUGAAAGUCUGACUGUUGAUUGCAUUCUGGCUCUCUUAGAAUUGUUCUCUGAUUUUUUUGCUUUCUCCAGUCGGCAUCCCGUAUGUCAUGCACAAGGUGCCGUACGUUUUCCAAUGGUUGAAGGAAGGAAGAUCGAGCACCUCAAAGCGAAUCCCAAAGCUCUGGACAUCAGAUUGUCGAAUAAACAGAUCAAGUACCUUCGAGACUGCGCCGUAACGAAUUUCCAGCUGACGGACUUCGGUGGUCAAAACCACCGUAUCAUUCUAUGCCUCUAUAACUCCGGUCACGUUAUGAGAUUCGCCAUCAGUAGAGAUAGAACAUCGAGUUUCUUGCAGGGAAAUCGAUCGUUCGGUCGCGCAAGAAGUACGUCUUGUCGCCCUUUGGAGCAGAGUACGAAAUUCCCAGUCGAUCCGCUUCGGCGACGGGCCGUAUCAUCAGCGUACAUCUGUUAAAAAUUUCUCAGUACAUAUCAAGAGAAUGUCAAAGUCGCUUACCUUGGG